AUGGCGUCCACCGGCGGGAAUCAUCUUAGCGCGGCCGCAGGUCGAGAGGUGGUCUUUUGUCACGCCUGCCAGAAUGAGUGGUAUCGCGAUGAGCAUGACGCUCUGACGUGUCCCAGCUGCGAGAGCUCAUUCACGGAAAUCGUUGAUUUUUCCAACGAUCCCCGGCCUACGCAUGGAAUGCUCCCUCACUUGAACCUUAGCGGCCGCUCUAGCCCUUUCUUCCACCGUUCGGGUGGCUCCGACUCUGAUCCCGACGAAGGCGAUAUCGAGGAACACCUGCACAGCGAGCCUCGGUUUCCGUUUGGCAGCCCUAACCCGGGGCGAUAUGGCGCACAAACUGAUCGCGAGCGGGCCAACGCCAUGGAGGGCGACGCCAUCCUCCGCCGCUUUGCCGACAUGCUCAUGAAUGACUUUGGGGCGGGAAGACAAGCCCGCGGUGGCCCUGGACUUGGCGGGAAUGACUUGUUUACCUUGGAGGAGCACAUACCUCAGCCCGGCACCAGAAUCCAGCGCACAACCUUUAGGGCUGGUCCCUUUGGCGGAAGCACGAGUGUCACAAUAAGCAGCGGGACGUUAGGAAGCGGACCGCAAGGCGCACCACCUAAUUUUGCAACGUUGUUCGACCAGAUCUUUGGCAAUCCAUGGGGGGCCGGCGCCGACGAGGCACGUCAGCGGGAGCGCGGCGCGCCAGCACCGGGUCUUCCGUUCCCAGGCGCGCUUCACGACCUCCUGCACUCUCUGUACAACCCAGCGAACGCGGUACACGGUGACGCAGUCUUUUCGCAGGAGGCCCUCGAUCGCAUCAUCACCCAGCUCAUGGAGGCGUCUCCCCAGACCAAUGCGGCGCCCCCUGCAUCCCAGACGGCCAUCGAGAACCUCGAAAAGAAGAGAGUAGACGCCGAGAUGCUCGGGGCAGAGGGUAAGGCCGAGUGCACCAUCUGCAUCGACGGGAUCCACAAGGGCGACGAGGUCACCGUGCUACCGUGCAAGCACUGGUACCACGGCGAGUGCGUCGUCCUCUGGCUCAAGGAACACAACACGUGUCCCAUCUGCCGGAUGCCCAUCGAGAACAGGGAAGGUAGCGGAAACAGCAGCAACGACACGAACACCAACCGUAACGGAGGGCCGUCUCAGCAACCACAAAACUCCCAAGACCCGCAACCCGCCUCCGCAUCAGCCUCAACAUCAGCAUCGGCAUCAGCUUCAUCAUCCUAUCCCUCCUCCUUCAGCUCCUUCACGGCCCGCCCACCCCGUCCCGAGCGCGAGCGCGACCGUGAACGACCCCUCCGCAGCGCGAGAGAGAACCUGGAGAGGCUCAACGCUAUCCGAAACCUAGCCGGGGCAGGUCCAUCGUCUUCACCUUCCUCUUCAUCUGAACCCCAGCAGCCCCCGCGCUCGGGAUCGCACAGGCGCAAUUCCCGUUCACCGCCCGGCGCGUGGCCUUCUUUAUUGGAGGAUGCGGAAAGUGCCUCGAGGGCGGCAAGGGUUAGGAGCCCGUCUGCGUCUUCGAGGGAACGGCAGAGAGAGAGGGAUAGGGAUAGGGGGUGGGAGAGGGACAGGUGGAGCAGGAUGGGCUGGGGGGAGGGACCGGAGGCUGGGAGACGGGGUUCUCCUAGGGAGGAUAGAGAUAGGGAACUGCAGCAGCAGCAGCAACAGCAGCAAGGGGGCAACGGUGGUGCUGACCAUGACCUUUCGGUCACAGACCACGACCCCUCAGCGCCCCUGGAAGGCGACCUGGGUAGGGAACUCACCGAGCUGCGAACUCUCCGUGCUCAGCUGGCAGAGCUUGCGAAGGACGUUUCGGCCCGUGAGAAGUGGCUCGCCGCCACCGCCGUCUCGGGAACGACGGUGACGGAUCUUUCCUCGCCCAUCACCGACUGCGACUCCCUGCCAUGCGCCCUCCGAGCCAUUCUCCGCAAGACCAAGUACAGCCUCUCUGCGGUCUUUACCAAUUAUGACGACGAUGAGAGCGAUGAGAGCAACGAGCACAACCGCACUGCUACGGUCAUCCCCCUUCCUCCGUGGCGACGCAAACUCGAUCAAAACGCCACUGGUGAUGCCGAUGGCCAUGUUGACGGGGACUCUGAUUCCUCGAGCUCGGCCAACAGCAGCAGCAGCAGCAGCAGCAGCAGCAGCGCUGACGGCGAAGGUUUUGACCUGCGGCAUCCUGCACACGCCCUGUUCGCCGUCUUGCUUGCCAUGUCUCUCCUCCUUGCCCUCCUCCGCUCGCUCGCUUCCUUAGCCGUUUCCGUUUGUUGUGGUGAGAGAUGCGACGGCUUGUUGCCUCUCGCAACCGAGCCGUGUCGUUCACGAGGGGAGUCGCGACGUCGAUGGGGGUGGGCUUGGGAGAGGGUUUGGGAGUGCUGGCGGAAGUGUCCAAGAACGAGUGAAGGCAGGAUUAGAUUGGGGGAGGAGGUUGAGGCGGGCAAUGGAGAUUGGGAUGAGAAAAGGGGGUUUGGGGACCGGGAUCAAUGUGAGAAGUAUUGGGAUGAGAUGCGAGCGGAGUGUCUGGGUGAGUAUGGGACUCCCUACGCGGAUGCGGACGAACAGGGGCCGUGCUAUGCGGCAAGGGAAUAUCUAGUAAGCGAGGACCAGGUUCUUGUCCUUGAGGGUGAUAAUGAACGAAGGGUAGAGGGUCGAGGGGAUUCUCAGGGCAGGAGGGACUCGCUGGACAGCCCGCCUUCGUCUCUUUGCGUUUCCGAGUCCUCGAAUCUUGGUGACGAGAUCGCGUCAUUCAGGUUGGCGGUGGAGCUCGUCGAGGGUAUGUUUGCUGCUUCGGAAGAACAGAGGGACAGAGAGAUGUAG